AUGAAGCCAGCUAUCAGAGCAAAGCUUGAAGAAAUUCGUCAGAAGCGUGCAUUCAAUGUUGAGGAUUGGGUUAACAAGAAAUGCGAGCUCCUCAACCAGUACAUGAGAAAAUCAGGAUUAAAGGCAACUGUUGUCAAUGUUUCAGGUGGUAUUGACUCAGCUGUUACAAUUUUACUUUGCCAGAAGGCUGCUACAUUACCAGACAGCCCAAUCAAGAAAGUUCUUGGUAUCAUUCAACCAAUUCACUCAACAUCACACAUCAUGUCACGUGCUGAAGAGUUCCUGAUCGAGAAGAAGAUUGAAUACGCUAACGUUGACCAAUCAGCAGUUUACGAUCUCCUUUCUAAGACAGUCGAAGAUUGCCUUAAGUAUCCAAACGCCCAAUUCGCCGGUGGCAUGUUAAAGUCAUACAUGCGUACCCCAGUCGCUUACUAUGCUGCUCAACUCCUCUCCAGCAACGGACUUCCAGCAAUUGUUAUCGGAACAGGCAACUACGAUGAAGAUGGCUACCUUUACUACUUCUGCAAGCCAGGAGAUGGCACAUCAGAUGUCCAAUUGAUCCAUGAUCUUCACAAAUCCGAAGUUUUCGCUGUUGCUCGUUAUCUCAACUGCACUUCAAAGAUUCUCGAUGCUCCACCAUCAGCUGAUCUUUGGGACGCACAGACAGAUGAAGGAGAACUCGGUUUCUCUUACGAUUUCUGCGAACUUUACGUCGAAUUACUCCACGACAAGGCAGAUAUGGAUAAGUGGGUCGCAACACUUGACGAAGAAACCCGUCAACAGUGGGACCACGUUGCACAAAAGAUCGAAACAACACACCGCCGCAAUUCUCACAAGGAAGUCUGGCCAGUCAACUUAGAUAUCAUCUGCCCAACAGGCAAGCAAUAUGUUCCAAAGUAA